AUGCAAACUCUUAUUCGAUACUCGAUGAUUCGAAAGGUGCACAGAAAAGUUCCAAAGUUCCUCUGUUGACACUGCGGCUUUACACCGAAAAAUUGAACGAAUUCCCGGGUGUCUAAAGGCACAACUGAGGGCUCAAUUACUUCGUUUCUUAUCACCGACUUGUUGGCUUGUGGUUUCAAGACUCGCCAGUUUAUGAUAACCGAGUAAGCACGAAAUGGACAGGCUAACAAUUACAAUUGCCGUUUGCGUAACAUUUAGUGCCGUGCUAAAUUUACCGAGCUUCUCUUCACCAAUUCAAGGACAUGUUAUGUUAAGGAGGGAUUCUGUUUUGGAGAACAAUUCAACGCAAAAUUCUACAGUAAAUAACUCUUCAAUUUCGUGUAAUGGAACGAAGGAAGAAUGCAACGAAACAGCCAACUCGACAACAUUCCUCACGUCAAAUGCCUCCCACGUAAAUUUGACAAAAUUGUGUGCGGGUAAUUCUUCGGGAGUUCUUAUAUUGUGCAACGGAACAUUAUUGAAUCUGACGCAGAGAUGUGAGAAUGGUAGCUUGUUAAAUGAGACGAUUGUUUGUGUGGGGAACAUUAGCGCAAACGACACAGGUGCAUCGAAUAUCACAGAUGAUAUUGUUGCACAAAAUGCGACUAAUACAAGCCCAAAUGCCACAACAAAUGCUACUGUGAAUUCUACGCUCUCGCCAUCACACAGUCUGUCACAAUCUGCAAGCCUAGGUACACCGAGUUUGGUGCAGAAUCCUGAUAACACUGUAAGCUCAGUGUUGGCUAUCAGCCCUGCGCAAAGUGCAAGUAGUGUCAUACAAGCUUCCAGCAGUACCUCUGCUGUUGUGGCAUCGAGUUCAGCAGUUAUCAUGACAAAUGCGCCAAAGAUAACGACAACAGAACAGCUAGCAACCACUACAGCGGCUGAGACAACACCUACAACAACCACAUCUGCGUCAACAACUACAGCAACAACCACUAAGGCAACAACUACAUCUGUGUCGACAACUACAGCGACAACUAAAGAAGAGGAAAGCACCACAACAGCAGAAACAACAACAGUGACAGCCACAAAGCCUUUGUCCUCCGAAGAAACGUCUACCAUGCUACCUACGACAGCACCUACCCCUAAGCCAGACACAGAGGUAAAAACAGAGGCAAAGGUUACAGAACAAAGCAGUGAGGCUGGCGCAACAAUGCCAAGUCCAAACAAUGCUAACGAAAAGAAUGUAAAGUUCUUCUACGUGAACGUGCUUAUCCCUGUUAGUAUCGGUGUGAUAGGGGCUCUCCUUAUCGCCUUCUUUGUGUUGCUCUACAAGACUUGCAGAAGAAGAAAACUAAAGAAAGUCAGAUACUUUGGAAAGGCUAAAGACAAACAGUCUAUGUAUAUGGACCGUAUGAAUCUUUUAUCAAACUCAAGCGAUGAAGAGUGAACAUAGUAAGGGGACAGAAAAGAUAACCCUGAGCUUUAGGCUACAUCAUAUCACAUGAAACAUUAAUUCAUAUGGACUAUUGGAGGUCUAUGGUUAACAUGAUCAGGGUUUGAUCCAUAGAGGCCUUGUAGGGGUUUUGGAUAUGAUCAAAUUGGAUUUGAUGGACAGCAACACUGUGCAUGGUCAAAAGGGAUGCUAUGUUUAUUGAAUGGGAGGAUACGACUUGAUUUUUACAAGCAAGGAAGAUGGUUUAAAGACAUUUGGAUUCUAUAGAAAUAUAGAUUACAUUUUUGCUACUGAAGCAAUAUUUUUAUUUGCCUAGUAACUCUUUGUAGAAACAAUAUUUUAGUAUUAA